GGUUGCUGAAAAUGUCUGGAAGAGGAAAAGGAGGUAAAGGCUUGGGGAAAGGAGGCGCCAAACGUCACCGCAAGGUUCUCCGUGAUAACAUCCAGGGAAUCACUAAGCCUGCUAUCCGUCGUCUGGCGCGCCGUGGUGGCGUCAAGCGUAUCUCCGGUUUGAUCUACGAGGAGACUCGCGGUGUGCUGAAGGUGUUUUUGGAGAACGUCAUUCGUGAUGCCGUCACCUACACCGAGCACGCCAAGAGGAAGACUGUGACUGCCAUGGAUGUGGUGUACGCCCUUAAGCGACAAGGACGUACUCUGUACGGUUUCGGAGGGUAGACACUUACUUUGAACAACGAACACAAAGGUCCUUUUUAGGGCCAUACACUUUUCUACUAAGAGUGUCUGUUCCAUUACAUUUUUAUCCACCUUAUUCCGUAGCAGUGAUAGAAAUGUCGGCUCUUUUUAGAGAGCCGUCUCCCAAGUGGCUCCUUAGAUUUUCUUUUUUCUUUAGUGAAUUUAUUACCAAAUGAUGUGUUGUCAAAUUAAUACCUAAUGUAUUGACUACAUGUAGUAAUUCAUUCUUAAUAAAUUUGUCAUACCUGUUAUUAAAUAACUUCUCAGUUUUUGAACAUUGGGGUAAUAAGGAAACUGGUCAUUAAUUUGUAAGUUGAUGUUUGCCUCUGUUUUUAAACAUCAGCGCUAUUUUCAUUUUGUUGGGAAAUUUUCCAGUCUGUCAUAAAUUGCUGACAUAUGUUAACAGUAACAGUACAAUCUCAUUGAUAACCCUUUUUAUUGUUCAAUCAGUUGUUUUUGCUUUACAAUUCUUCAUGUCAAACACAAACUACCUCAUUCAUAUAAUCCUUAUUUGUGUUUCCAACCAUAAAAUAAUGAGGGUAGUGUGGCGCAUGUUGGACAUAAUUUACCCAUCGGAACUUUAUGUGAGUUGCAGUUUCACCUGGGCCCUUAUGGUUGAGGGAUGUUGUUUUUUCCCCUUUGAGAGACAUGUGCAUUUUGCUCUGUCAGGUUGUAAGCUCGAGAGGAGCAGGGAAAUAAAUGUUCCCAGUUGGUGUUCCAAUAACGCCGCCUGCGACUCCUUCUUCCUGGCACCACAGUAGUCUGCUUUCUUAGUGCUGUUUGUUAUACUAUUUCAAAUGCCCCAAGUUGCUCUGUUAAUUUUAUUCUUAUCUAGUAAUUGACUCUAACGUUCCCUCUUACACACUCAAGAUUGCUGUCAACUUAUUUGUAUAUGUCUUAUAUUUUUUCUGCUUCUUUGGUUUGUUGAAUGAUACAUUUCCUGUAUAAUGUAUUCUUUUUACAUUUUUUUGUCCUUUUGUCAUCCGUGGCUGGUUAUUUUUCUUUUGCUUCUUGGACAUUUCUUGCCAGGGACAGUUCUUAUCAUGGAGCUCUAUGUAAGUGUUUACAAAGUGAUCAUAUGCUUCAUCCACAUCUUGCACUGUAGACACUCUCC